GAGCCGAGUAAAAGCGGAUGAAUUUCGUAUAAAAGGUCCAAGUGUUUCUGAUGAAUAGCACGUCUAGUAGCUUCUCUCAGUUGUGACAUUCAUACACUGCAGCUCCAACAUGUCCGGUCUUUUACUCCAGGUUCUUUGCUUGAUGUUUGUGUCUGCCUGUUUCGUCCGCGCGGAUUCAGCGGACGAUGAAACUGACUCGAUCAUUGGCGGUUCAACGGUGGUCAAAGGCCAGCACAAAUACAUGGCUCUUAUCCUGAGGAAGAAAGGCACAGCGACCAGCUUGUGUGGCGGCACUAUCAUCAGUUCCCAACACAUUUUGACUGCCGCUCACUGCUUUGAAACCGCCGAUCUGCCUUAUGAUUCAAUUGAAGUCCACGUUAACACCUACAACCUCAGCCCGUUGGACCCGACCGUCAUCACCCGAAAAGUUUUAGACCAAACGAAAGACAUUAAAAAACAUAUGAACUACAAUGCAGAAACUCGGACCGACGACAUUGCCAUUCUGAAGCUGGAAAGGGCACUGACCGCCGCAGAGCUGGCCAAUGUCGCCAUUGUGUCGCGAUUGAACACGACGCUCACCUACGCCGGAUCGGUCGGAGUCGCCCUCGGUUGGGGUGUCACUAAAAGCGAUGCGGGGACGUCGAUUUCGCGAUCGUUGCAGCAGGUGUCGCUGAAUAUCCAGGACAACGAUUUGUGUGACGCCUUGUGGGAAGCCAAAUACGUUCCCGCCAGUCACCUCUGCACAUUCACUCCCAAGAAAGCCGUUUGCUGGGGAGAUGAUGGAGGCCCCAUCUUGGUCAACGGAGUCCAGGUCGGAAUCAGCAGCUUCAGCAAAGCCAAAGUGGCUGAAGGCACGAAUCCCAUUUGCGAGAGAGGAUCGGUCUUCACUCGAGUCUCUACCUACGUCCGCAACGGAUGGAUUCAAGAGAAUUUGCUGGAUCCCAUCGACAUUAUCACCCCAUAAGCAAGUCAACCAAACCUUUUGUCCGAUAUUAGCACUUUAGAACAUGACAUUCUAUUUGAACCCCUCUUGUGGUAUUUGGCAUAAUAUAAUCCCCAAAGUCAUUUGAAUGUUUGCGCAUUUAGUCCAAAAAUGCCUAUAUGAUGAUGACAAUAUACUAAUUCAAUUG